UAUCGCGAUCUCAAAGAUGAAGCAAAUUGUUUCAUAUCAGGCGUUCCAGGUUCCUUUUAUGAACGGCUAUUUCCUAGCAAAAGCUUGCACUUGGUUCACUCUUCUUCUUGUCUUCAUUGGCUCUCUCAGGCUCCUGAAAAGAUUGAGAACAACAACAACAUAUACAUAACAAGGACAAGUCCUCCUCAAGUUUUUGAAGCAUACAUGAAGCAAUUUGACAAGGAUUUCUCAAGGUUUUUGCAAGUACGCUCCGAGGAAAUAGUAACUGGUGGACACAUGGUUUUGACAUUUGUGGGAAGGAGCAUUACUGAUCCAUAUGGAGGUCACUUUGCCUUGCUGGAUCUUCUAUCAAAGUCACUCAUUGAUUUAAUACAUGAGGGACUUAUUGAACAGGCAAAACUAGACUCCUUUAAUCUUCCUUUUUACACACCAUACAAGGAUGAAGUUGAAAAAAUUGUUCAAAUGGAAGGUUCAUUUGAUGUUGAUACCAUAAAGUUUUUCCAAGUGGACUGGGAUGAGAGGGACAACGAUGAUGAUGUUUGUUUCGAUGCGUAUAGCCGUGGUAAACAUAUAGCAAGAAGUAUGAGAGCUGUUUUAGAACAAAUGCUUGUUAGUCAUUUCGAACUAGGAGAUUCCAUUGUUGAUUAUUUGUUUGAGAGAUGUGUCUACCAUUUGGCUUGUCAUUUGUUGGUUCAAGAAGGCAAGUUCCUCAACACUGUCAUAUCUUUAAGAAAGAAAUGA